AUGGCUACGAAGAACCCAUACCUUCAACGCCGCCCCGGCCACAAACGUCGAAGUCGUAUGCGCGGGACUACCUAUCCAUGGAAACCUGGCCCUCUUUUCUGCUGGUUGUGCGGGGCUCCGCUAGAGUCCUCCGCUUACUGGUUUAGAAAGUAUCCUCCGGAUAUUAUUUUUGCUAAGGAGGAGUGGUACUCUGCCUGGACAAGACAUCAAUCUCACCGCUCCCUACGCAAGCGAAAAUUCUCCCUCUCUAUGCCUGCUUCCCAUCUCGCCGAUUCACUUGGGGAAGGAAAUGCGUGGGUUAAUCUUUUUCGCAUGAUCAUAUUCAGCAAGAAUGACAAAUUCCUCCCUCAAGGCUAUCAUCUCUCCGGGAUAGGCUAUACACCUGGGGCCCGCACAUUGAAGAAUAAAUACAUUCUCAGUCUUCGGGAUUCAACUGCUGCUUGCAUUGGGCUCACCAAGGAAAAUUCAGAUGCCUUGCAAGUGUCUCCUGUGCCACAUCCAUUCACUCCUAGUGAUUUUGAUGAUAAUUCUUCUCUUGAAGGGUAUCCCAUCCAUUCUCGAUGCUGGGAUCUCAUUGAACAUCAUAUUGGGCCUGUGGCUGGUUUUAAACUGGAUUUACUUGUUGCAGCAUUGCAUAAACAGUGGGAUAAGUUAAUGCCUCAGCUACUGACAGCAUCCAAAAAUUAUUACCCUCCCCUCCAUGAUGGGCCGUUUCACAACUACAUAUACACUCACCUCUGCAGGCAUGAGAAAGAGCACAGGGCAUUCGACAGAGGUGCGGUAUUGCUUGCCAGAUCCCAUAUUUAUACCGAAGUUGGAUUCAUUAUUUCAAAAUUGCAGACAAAAGUCAUCCGUCAUGAAACGAUCCUUAAGGCAGAUUAUGACUCUUGA